AUGCGUGGUGUAGCAACCGCAGAAGGUGAUAUGCGGGUGCUGGCUAUCCGUAUAUAUCCACCACUAGCUCUCCCGUUGGCAGAAGCAAUUGGACAUCGACUGGCGGUUGAAGCGGCUCGAAAGGCUGGCAUCGAUUCCAAGAUCAUUGAUCUUUAUAUCAGCGGAGUCACCAAAGAAGAUUCCGCCUGGUAUGCCGAGAAAGGUGGAUUCAGUCGAGCUGUUCAACGAGAACUGGAAUCUCGAGCGGCGGACACCUUACUUCCUCAACUGGAAGACAUUAUGCGGAAUUCCGGCAUGCAAGCAUAUAGCCAUGCUCCUAUGGCGUCAAGGGGUGUAUGGGAUGAGUUUGUUGCUGGGCUAGAGACAUUCGAGGGAAAUGCUUCGCCCCAGUUGAUAGCUCGACUUUGGAUGUGA